CCGUAUUUGGUAGCGUUUAUGUUAUCCGGUGGGAAAAACCAACAAUUAGCCGCUUUAUAAGUAACAAUGUUGUUUAUGUUUUCAGCUUCAAGAUGGUGCAGCGCCUCACUUACCGACGUAGGUUGUCCUACAACACCGCCUCCAACAAAACCAGACUGUCCCGGACGCCCGGUAACCGAAUUGUGUACCUGUACACCAAGAAGGUCGGCAAGGCUCCCAAGUCAGCAUGUGGCAUCUGCCCAGGAAGACUGCGUGGAAUCCGUGCUGUUAGACCUCAGGUUCUGAUGAGGCUCUCCAAGACCAAGAAGCACGUCAGCAGGGCCUACGGAGGCUCCAUGUGCGCCAAGUGUGUGCGUGACAGAAUCAAGCGUGCUUUCCUGAUUGAGGAGCAGAAGAUCGUCGUCAAGGUGCUCAAGGCGCAGGCACAGAGCCAGAAAACUAAGUAAAAUGUGUAUUUGUAUUGCCACAAUAAAAAAAUGACAGACAAAUGAA